UGCCGCUAGUGGAGGUGUUCGAUGUUCGUGUUCAGGUGACGAUGUUUGCGUUCAGGUGAGCGCUUACAGUUAGUUAUACAGUCCUUAUGCCGCUACCUUCAUGAGCCACGGAGAGGAGGACCUGGGACACAGCUGGCCCAUCGUUUCCCGCACUCCAGGGAAGAGCACGGACAAGGCAGAGGCGGGACAGUGAGAGGACGAGGCAUCAGAGGACAACAACACGGAGAGCCGACACAGCCGAACCAAACGCGACAUGGAGAUGACAACCCGCAAUUUGCACCUCGACCCCAAAGUUGACAAUUGCGAUGGAGUGAUCAACAUAAACCGCGGGGACAUGACGGAGAUAUCUGUGCCGCUGUCCCACUCUGGGAAGCGUAUGCCUCAAAUCGAGGGGGGCAAUCUUUAUAGAUUGCGAGAUAGAAAAGUUUUAUUGGAGGACAAAAAGUGUCUGUGCGCUUGGGCUCUAGGCACCGCGCUGCUUGGGACACUGCUCAUGAUACUGCACGCGGAGCUGUGUCCGUUUAUUUACCAACCGGGCUCCCGCUACGCCUUUAUCAUCAACUGCUCCAUCAGCAUGUCCACUGGGUGUCUUCUGAUUCUCAUCGUAGCCUUCCAUUAUAAGGACAUCAGGCUCUUCAUCAUUGACCACAACCAGGUGGACUGGCGCAUCGCUAUGACAAGCCGCAGGGUGCUGGGCAUCUCCCUCGAGCUGCUGGUCUGUGCCAUUCAUCCCGUGGGCACCUACUGGGAGGUGGGCAUCCCUGCGCCCAUCGCCAGGGAGGGGGUAGAGGUCAACUCCUCCAACUCGGCGCCGCUGUGUGUGUCCUCCCGCCACGGGGAGGUGCUGUUGGACACAGAGCUGCUACUGUCGGCGCUGAUGUUCCUCAGGCUGUACCUGGUCCACAGGACGAUCCUACUGCACAGCAAGGUGCUGCUCAGUGCCUCCUAUAGGAGUAUCGGCUCGCUCAACAACAUCAACUUCACGUUCCGCUUCGUGCUCAAGGUGCUGAUGAACAAGUACCCGGCGCGCACGCUGAUGGUGUUCAUCUUCUUGUUCUGGCUCAUCGCCUCCUGGAUGCUCACGCUGUGUGAGAGGCAGACACAGGAGGAGACUGGUCGUAUGGACACGGCUCUCUGGCUCAUUGCCAUCACCUUCCUCACAGUGGGAUACGGGGACGUGUCCCCCAAAACCAGCUGUGGAAAAGUGGUGUGCCUCUUCACCGGAGUCAUGGGUGUGGCUUGUACCGCCAUGCUGGUGGCCGUCAUGACCAAGAAGCUGGCACUGAACAAAGGAGAGAAACACGUGCACUUCUUCAUGAUGGACAUCCAGAUCUCCAAGCGGAUCCGCCAUGCUGCUGCCAAUGUGCUGAGGGAGUGUUGGCUGCUGCACCGCACCAACCUGACCAGGGGAAACAGUGGAGAGCACCGCAGACACCAGAGGUGCCUACUGGAGGCCAUCAGAGUAUUCCGGCACCUGCGCCUCAAACAAAGGAAGCUGAGAGAUUACGCCAGUGAGAUGGUCGACCUGCCCAAGAUGCAGAUGAUCAUGUGCGACUUGAGUGCCAACUGGAACAACUCGUACCGGGAGCUGGAGCAGCGCAUCAUCUCCAUGGAGCAGAAGUUAGACGAGCUGAGCCACUGCUUCCAACAGACCUCUGAGCUGCUGGCACAGGCCCUGCGCUACCGCAACCCUGAAAUCAGGUGACUCGUGGCUGUGUGGUGGUGGUGGUUGGAUGAACCACACUCGCUGCAGGCCUUUCCCAAAGACUAAAUAUGGAUGCUACCAGCCUUCUGUAAUUUCCAUCAGACCGGGAUGGGAAUCCUCUUCCCCCCAAAGCUGCAUUUAACAUUUGGCCUGCUGCACCACUUGGACUACUGCCAGGACCAAGGCUGGUCAUCAUGUUCUG